GCAAAGUACAUGGCGGACCACUCAUUCGAUUGUUAAAUACUUGAUUAGCUCUAAAUAAACAUUUAGUUUGUGUUCACUUCUGAUCGAUUGUUUGGAACUUCCGGUUUGACAGUUUUGCCUAAAUAAUGGCAGCGGGAUUAGGUCCGUUGUGCAGCAUGUGUUGCAGACCCAUUAACGAUCGAUUCCUUCUAAGGAUAAUGGACGUCUCAUAUCACGAACAUUGUGUGCAGUGUUGUGCCUGUGGAGACCGCCUGCAUCACACAUGUUUCGUCAAAGACUCCAAACUCUACUGUAGACUCGAUUAUGAUAGGCUGUUCAUAAAGAAAUGCUUGGCAUGUUCGGAACGAAUAGCGCCUGAAGAACUGGUGAUGAGGGCCAGCGAAAAUAUUUUCCAUUUAAGAUGUUUCGUGUGCGUGGUGUGCGGAAUAAGACUUCAGAAAGGAGACCUCUACGUCAUCAAACAAGGACAGCUUUUCUGCAGAAUCGACUACGAGAAAGAAGUGGAGAUGAUGCAAGGGUUCGGACAUGGUGAAUUUAUCUGCGACGAACUUUUGCCGUCGAAUCGGACCCACGACGGGCGCCGAGGACCCAAAAGACCUCGAACAAUUCUCACAACUCAGCAACGAAGGGCAUUCAAAGCUUCUUUUGAAGUUAGUCCCAAGCCUUGCAGGAAAGUUCGAGAAGCUCUUGCUAAAGAUACCGGACUGAGCGUCCGAAUAGUUCAAGUUUGGUUCCAGAACCAGCGCGCCAAGAUGAAAAAGAUGCAAAAGAAAGCGCGUCAGGACAACAAAGGAGGCAAGGACGCCGACAAUGACGAUAAGAAACUCAACGUCAAAGAGGAAGAACAAAGUCCGCGAUCGACGCCAUUUUACAACGAUAGUUGCAGCGACACGGAAACGACGCCCGGAGACGGCGACGCCCUCAUGCACCCCAGGGGCGACUCCAAGCACUUUCUCGCGAUCAAAGAGGAAAUGGAAGACGGAUCGUAUUUUAAAACCAACAACAACUUGCCGCUGCACGCCUUCUCAGGGUUAGGAGACGUUAGGCGCGAGGAUGGGUACAUGGGGAUCUCAUUUCCUUCUUCGCUUGAUUCGGGACAGCAAAAUAUGUUUAUGACGCCUCCCAUGGCUCACCAGAAUCCGCCUCAUGCAAAUCCCGGACUUAAUCCCAUCGAUCGGCUGUAUUCCAUGCAGAAUUCAUAUUUUUGCGCCGAGGAAGAACAUAAUAUGAUAGAACCCUGAAUACCCAACGACAAAACAUAAGACUGAAA